GCAAGGACCUGUUGAAGAUCUUUCCCAACAUCAAAUGUUUCAGUCUCUCUACAAGAGAGAACAAGCAAGAUGUCCUACCUAUCGCUUUUCCCAAGCUGAGCGAACGAAACGCGUGCGAUCUCUGAAACUCAGUCAAAAUGGCGAGAUUGAAUUGGUCCACAAAACGGGGAUCAAAUGUAUUGAUAUCGAUGCAGGCGAGGGAAAAUACUUGUUAUCCUCGAGUUCAAAUGGCGGGAUCGCUAUUCAUGAUAUAGAGGAUUGUUUCUACUCAAACGUUUUUAAAUGCCAGACGGUCGCCAAAGUGGACGGAACACUGAAAGACAGCCACAAACUCAGCGUGGAAACUGUACAGUGGUACCCGAAUGACACAGGAAUGUUUAUAUCAAGUUCAGUCGAUACGACGCUUCGAGUUUGGGACACAAAUGCUCUCGAAGUUGUCGAAAAUUUUCAACUUGAAGGCAUUGUUUACCAACACCAAAUGCCAAAGAAUGCUAGAAGACAUUGUUUAGUUGCAACAGCGUGUGAAGACUCUAGAGUUUAUCUUUGUGAUUUGAAAUCUGGUUCUGCAAUGCAUAUCCUAAAGGGGCAUUCAGAGGCAGUUGUUUCUCUAGCGUGGUCACCAAGAAAUGAGUAUCUUUUAGCUACAGGUAGCUGUGACAACAAGGUGCUCUUGUGGGAUGUGCGCAAAGCUGUUGGAAGUAUACUCUCACUGGAUCAGCACAAUGGCAAAGCUGGUUCCAGAUCUUCAACAAUAAACACAGCUCAUAAUGGCAAUGUAAAUGCCAUUUCCUUUUCACCAGAUGGAUUAUACUUAUUGACUUUUGGAACAGAUGAUCGGUUAAGGUUGUGGGAUACAUUCACAGGAAAGAACACACUGGUUAACUUUGGUCGAGUUCACAAUCCCAGUCGGAAAUCUGUAAAGCUUUGUCUAUCCAGUGGGACUUCCAAUGAAGUGGCAUUUGUUCCUUCAGGGAGCAAAAUAGAAGUGUAUCAACUUGUUACAGGAAAACAUGUUGCCACUUUCAGUGGUCAUUAUAACAAUGUUAACUGUUGUGCAUUUCAUCCACAUUUUCAAACUCUGUUUAGUGGAGCAAAUGACACAAAUGUUUUGGUUUGGCUCCCUGAGAUGAAUCGUAGUACUAAGGAUGAAAACAAUAAGGUGACAGAAGCUGGUAUCUGUGAUACAAAACAACUUGACAAUCUUUAUCAGGAUUCUUGGAGUAGUGACGAGGAGACAACAUGAUAAGCUUACAAAAAAGUGCUAACAGCCAUGUAGUGGUGAAUUUGAAAUAAAAUAGAGCUAGGUUAAAUUA